UUGCAGAAAUUGGGUAUCAGUCAGUCGCGAGCUACAGGUACAUACGUUCCUGUGAUCUCAAGGCUCGUGUAUCCGACGACGUUAAACUCAGAGCUAAUACCAUGGAUGGAAUCGCGGUGACGCCCAGUACUGUAGACUAUGCAGAUAAAUUUGUUGAGUUUGUCGAACGGAUGUUCUACCUGUUUGUUGUAUAUGUGUUCGUAUGUAGAGUAACGGGAGACUAUGUUCCAAUAUGUGCGGUAGGCACCAGUGGCCAGCAUUCUGUUGUAAGUACUGGUGAUCUGAUUUUCAUGACACCUAUUGGUCAGCACUCACACUUGGACAUCGGUGACAUUGUUACAGUGAAAGAUACCAGAAAAUAUAGUGGCUAUUACAUCCAAAAAGUAACAGACAUACAUCAGCCAAGUGUCACGGACAUUGACCCUAUGGUGGAGAUUCAGUACCAACGAGAAGACAGCAUACAACUAGAACGUCGCUGGUUCAAAUUGAGUGAUAUCGUUGGAAGACUUUACUUCAGCGUGUCUUUUUUCAACUCAAAUGCUGGUACUUGUCAUUAUUAUCUUUUUGAAUGACAUUUUAAAUGCUGUCCUAUCAAGAGUUCAUCUGGGUAAAUGCGCCCUAUUCUUUGCGACAUUGUUGGUUCUCCCUACUUCGGUGGAAUGAGUGCAUUCUCGAUUAUAGUACAAGCAGCUUUACAGAAUUUGCUAUCAUAAGUGUAUCGAAUAAAUCCAUAAAGAACGCAUGUCAUGGAUUGUGCAAAAUCGAGUAGGAUACCUGAUUUCAGAGGUGGUUUAUUGUCAUUAUAUUAUACCAACCUAAUUUCAAAUGUAUUCCCGAGGCAUGGAAACAACUUAAACGCAUCAAAACUAUGGCCAAAUGAGAUGAAGCAUCCGAAACGUUCUACUGGCAACGCGACAUUCAUUUUCUGGUGUCAUCUGCGUAAGAAAAAAUUCUUUGAACUUUCCCGAUUUUAGUUGACAGCCGGUUUACCCCUCUUGUGUAUUGAGACCUACUUCUAUACAUUAAAAGCUAUUCAUUAUACCACGGCUAACAUAAUUAAAAACACGCCCUCAACCAAUCAGAACGACGUAAUCGGGCAUUUGAAAGGCUGGUAUAAUAUUUACUAUGGAGGUAUUGAGUGAAGUGACGUCAUAGUGAGCAAAAUAAUUCUACGCAAGUUUUUUUAAUAUGUAUAAAGAUUUUCCAAUAUUGAACCAUAUUCUACUUGAAGACAGUUACUAGUGAGAAUUUAAAUCUGUUCUAUAGUGAAUAUGACUAUUAACCUAAAAGUAACAUUUGUUUCAAGAAAGAAGAAGGUGAGCUGAAGGUUAAAUGCGAUAAAGAACACAUUUAAUUUAUGCAUGUUUUUUAUUAUGUAAAGUACCAUUCCAUAGGUUAGUA